AAAGAUGCGAAGAGAGAUGAAAAUGGCGAAAUUAAGAAAGAAGAUGAAUUUGAAGAGAAGGCAAUGGCAACCUCUCCUGACGGCAGAUUUCUCAAGUUUGAUGUGGAGAUCGGAAGAGGGUCGUUCAAGACAGUAUUUAAAGGGUUGGACACAGAGACUGGUGUCGCAGUGGCUUGGUGUGAAUUACAGGAUAAGAAAUGGAACAAAAGUGAACGUCAGAGGUUUAAAGAAGAAGCUGAAAUGUUAAAGGGAUUACAGCAUCCCAAUAUCGUGAGAUUUUACGAUUAUUGGGAAGAGGUCAAUCAACGAGGGCGAAAGGUCAUUAUCUUGGUUACUGAAUUAAUGACAUCCGGAACGCUGAAAACAUAUAUCAAGAGGUUUCGUAAAAUUAAUCUAAAAGUAUUAAAGAAUUGGUGUAGACAGAUAUUAAAAGGCCUGUAUUUUUUACACACGAGAACACCACAAGUUAUACAUCGUGAUCUAAAAUGUGAUAAUAUAUUUAUAACUGGUACUACUGGUUCUGUUAAAAUUGGAGAUUUAGGAUUGGCUACGUUAAAAAAUAAAUCUUUUGCUAAGAGUGUAAUAGGUACCCCUGAGUUUAUGGCUCCAGAAAUGUAUGAGGAACAUUAUGACGAGGCCGUGGAUGUUUAUGCUUUUGGUAUGUGUAUGUUGGAGAUGGCCACAUCAGAAUAUCCCUAUAAAGAAUGUACUAACGCUGCCCAGAUCUACCGUAAAGUCACUAGUGGUGUCAGACCUGAAGCUUGUGAUAAAGUUAUAGAUCCUGAGAUACGAGAUAUAAUAGAGGGUUGUAUAACACCCAAUAGAACUGAAAGAUACAGUGUUAAACAGUUAUUACAACACGAUUUUUUCCUAGAAGAUACUGGACUCAAGGUGGAGCUAGUAAAUAAAGAAGAUGAAGGGAAUGAUGGGAAGGUUAUAUUGUUACGUUUACGUGUCGUAGAUCCUAAAAAACGUAAAGAUAAA